CCAUGUCUAAGAAAACCCUUUAUUUCUAUCAAUUCAGAAAACCCUUUUCUUCCUCGCCUAAGUUAGCGCUCUCCAACGUAUGGCGUCUGCAAGCCGUGAAAUGUUGCACUAAAAAGAAGGUAUGGAGGAGGAGGAGGAGGGUGGAUCAGCCGCCAUUAAAGAGGAUGAGGAAAAGAAAAUCGCGAGCUUCCUGGAGGAGAUUAAAGAUUUGACAAUAUUGCCCUCUAUGUUGGAACUCAAAUGGGGCUAUAUGCACUCCACCAUUUGGAUGGGCUGGAUCACAAGUAUGAGCAGGAUGAAAUUGAGAGGGAUAGAUCUUGGGGAAGUGCGACAUUAUAGUGAUGCAGAGAUCUGUGACUUUACUAAUAGAUACAGUGAGGACAACAUAUUCUGUCUUGCUCGUAAUGGCCGAUUGUUUAAGGCCAGGGGUUACAAUAACAGGAAAUUGGCCGUCAGAACUUUAGAUGUAUCCUCUCCUUUCAGUCGACUAUCAUAUCUAACUCCGCCUAAACUCCAUGCUGAUAUUGUGCUUCUUAGAGAUCCCUUGAUCAAAUCUCAUCCCAACUUUGUCAAACUGAUUGGAUAUAGCUGUGAAAGAAUGUUGGCAUUUGUGUUUGAUCUUGAUCCAAAAACAAGAGUCCAUGAACUCCUCACUUCCGAUGAUUUUGGAUGGGACGCUCGUAUGAAAGACUUGAAUGCUAAGUUCUUUGAUUUUGGUUUUCAUAAACGUGUCAAAAACAAGGAUGAGAAGUUUGAGGCUCAAGGCUUCUAUAAAGAUCUUGGAUAUUACGCUCCGGAGGUUUACAAAUAUCCAGUAGGUAUGUGGUCAAUGAAAUCAGAUGUGUGUGCAUAUGGCAUUCUACUCUUGAAUCUGGUCUGUAAGAAACAAGGGGCUACAUGGUUCUAUAAAUUGAUAAAGAGUGGAAAUGUGCCAGUGGUGAGUGAUAGUUUUAAGAUGGAUGAGCAUGCUAAAUCUGGAAUCAUUGGUUUGGCCAUGUUGUGUGUGAACAAGGACCCGACCUGUCGACCUGAUAUGGGGACAGUGGUCAAGAAUUUGGAAGAUCUGAUUGCUAAACGCCCAAUAGUGGCUCGUCAUGGACUGAUUGAGUUGGAUGUAGCUAGAACACUAGUUUGCAGCAGUUAACUGGUAGCAAAGGUGUUAAUCGGUAUUUCAAGAUCAUUUAAAUAUAAUUUAUUUUCGCGGGUUUUUAUUUAAUGGAUUCUGUGUAUGGAAGUUCAAUGCUACAUUAUUAUGACCAAAAUGAUGUUGGUGAAUUGGCCCAAUCUACUUGUAUUGUGGGUUGCUAUUGCACAAGAAAUUGUUGUGAUGGAUUUUUAACAAUUUUCCCACCUGUGCGAUGAAUUCUACUAUUGCAGAUGUUUAUGCAUAUGGCAAUCUACUCGUGAAGACAUGAAUGUGAUCUAUAAGACUUUAAUGACUUUUUAAUCAUGGUAUUUUUACGU